AUGGAGACAUUUGUUUGCCUCUGGUUAAUGGCCGUCAUAAUAAGCCGAAGUGUUGGACAAGGAUUCAUGAGAUCAAAGUCAUAUUUCACAGUAGAACACUUAUCAAAAAAACUUCAAACCUUACCAACAUUUGAACCUAUAAACUCAAUGAUCGAAUCCAAAGUCAAAUUGAAAGAGGAAUGUACAUCCAAAGUAAUGAGACCGAAAGAUCGUAAACGAAAGAAAUUAUCAAUACUUCAACGUUGGGGUGAAAUCUCUUGGCAAAUAGAUGAUAUCUCUGAUACUUUCAGUUUCAGUGAUGUAAGAGCUUUACUUGAAGUCAUUAUAUCUAGUAAUACGACUCCUAUAAAUAGUGAAAAUAAGUUCAUCUAUCACGCUGCUGAGUCAUUGGAAAAAGAAGAGUUGAAUAUCAUCCAGAGGAUUUGGGUCUUAGGUGCUCUUAAAGUUCUUCGAGAUUAUUCUUUAGAAACGAGACAACCUCUUUUGAGUAACCAUAUACAGGAAGGUCCUUUAUGUCGUGCAGGACUGGAGCUCUCCUUAACCCAAAGUACGGUUUUUACUUUGCAUAUUACCUUUGGUGAUGUAGAAGAAGACGUGACUCUGAUCUUUAACAAAAACUUUCACCUUUCAGCUCUGCUCGAAGGUUUACAACGAGUUGAAUUGUUAAGGAGGAUCAAUAAAUGGUCUCAGAGAACUCACCAGGUCGAGACAAGCGGAAAAUUCAAAAUGAUUAAUGAUAGUCUGCUUCAAGUUGAUUGUCCAAUUGAAUUGAAAAAAUCGAUGUCAUUAGCCAAUGAAUGUUUGGGACAUAUGAUGAAGAGUCCUGAUUCUACAGAAGAAGUGAAAUGGACUUAUAGAGUUUUAUAUCAUCUUUAUUCAUCUUGCGAGGAGCUCAGAGAGGCUUGGAAAUCCAAUUUAGGAAGUCCUCAACUUCAAACAAUCCGAAAGUCAAUGAGUAAACAAAUGAAGUAUAAAGAAGUGGUCAAGAAUGAUAUCGAACGAUAUUUAUCAAGUGGAAAUCCUGAUCCAUUUAUCUCAAACCUUUUAUUAACUUUCAAAGAUUUACUACCAGUCACUUUGGGACACUACAAGUACAUCAUUGAUUGUUUUGAAGCGCAAGACAAGGAAACCCACCCUUCACAAUUGAAAGACUAUUGGUUAAAUAUCUCAUAUUAUCAUAGAUCUCUCUAUGCUAGAAGAUUUGUUAUCAACCUUUUACUGAAAGCCAGUCCUUAUAUCCAAGAUACCCGUCAAUACCUGGCAUCAAGACUGAAAAUCAAAGAUGGAAUACAUCAAUAUAUCCCAUUGAAAAAUUCCAAAACAGAGAACCACAACAAAGAAGGAUUAGAAUGUUCAAUUUGCUUAAAUGAAUUUGUUCUUGGUGAACAUUGCUUAAGAUUAGAUUGUAACCCUAAGCACAUCUUUCAUCAUAAAUGUUUAAUGAAAUGGACCAAUGAAUUUUCAGGUAAAGUCUCAUCUACAGAUCAAUCAAAAUUACAUGCAAACUGUCCAGUAUGUCGGACAGCUAUAGGACCAGAAAUAACUACUAGUCAACACGUUUUCUGGUGGGAAGAUCAAAGCAUUCACCAAAACAGCCCUGCUGUUCUUCCGGUGAUUGAAGAUCACAUGAUUAAAGAAGGAUCUAGACUAGCACAGGAACCCAAUACCAGUAAAUCUGGAUCUUUACCCUUGCCAGCCAAAAGGCCAAGGAUAGAUGAUGAAGCAGAUGAACUAGAUACUAUGGAAGACAAGAAAAAAUUCAAGGUAUCCUGA